AUGAACCAAGGAUGGAUCCCCGCUCAGCUCGCCAAGUCCCUCAUAGACCAGCGCAUCCCUAGCCGUGAUAAACGACUCACAUCUCCCCAGACACUCGGUCAUACUGAUUCCCAGCUCCACAACAACACUGCACCAGUAUUCCAAUGUCCCCAAUCCCAGACGACUCCCUCAUACACUAUGGAUCACAUCCACAAUCCAGCUCCCCAUCGAUAUAGGGACCCCAUGCCUGAUUUAGCCUCCAAUCCCUCAAAUAGUAUGAAGAACCACUCUCCACCAACUGCUUCUUUGGAGUACAAAAGAUCACAAACCAUAGCUUGA